AGGUUAAAGUGGGUCAUCAAUCAACCCAAAAACUUAAGCUAAAUAAAUGGGAUUAUUUUUGAAGACGAAAGAAAUAAUUUGGUUAGACUGAAGUUAAGGAAGCAAAAAGAGGUGAAACAUUUUUUAAAGCUACAGCAUGCAAAGAAUGUUGACAAAGUUGUAGUUAAUUCAUGACCUUCACAACCUAUCUACAUUAUAGCAAACCUUGUUCUUACUUGAAACUCCUUAUAAGAAACAGUAUUUCCCCAACUCAUUCUAUCAACAAAUUAGAUUUUAAACAAAAAUGGAAGUUCAUGACAAUCUUUUUUUAGUUUUUUCACAAGGAUGCAACAUGGGAAUGGUGAUGCUAGCUUGCAUGUUUAUUUCAUGGAUCUUUGUUUACAGAUUGAACCAGAGGAACAAAAAUGGCCCCAAAACAUGGCCACUCAUCGGAGCAGCGUUCGAACAAUUAAUUAACUAUGAUCGAAUGCACGAUUGGCUCGUCGAAUACCUGUCCGCAUCGAAAACUGUUGUAGUUCCAAUGCCUUUCACAACUUAUACUUACAUUGCCGAUCCUGCUAAUGUUGAACAUGUACUUAAGACCAAAUUUGCCAAUUACCCCAAGGGUGAAACGUACCAUUCAUAUAUGGAAGUGCUGCUUGGAGAUGGGAUUUUCAACGUAGAUGGUGAGCUAUGGAAGAAGCAAAGGAAAACAGCUAGUUUUGAGUUUGCAUCAAAGAAUUUGAGGGAUUUCAGCACUGUAGUCUUCAGGGAAUAUAGUCUACAACUCCAUUCUAUUCUAACUCAAGCUAGCUUCCAUAACCAAGAAGUAGACAUGCAGGAUUUAUUGAUGAGGAUGACUUUAGACUCCAUUUGCAAGGUGGGGUUUGGUGUUGAAAUUGGAACUCUGGCUCCCACUUUACCAGAUAACAGCUUCGCUCGGUCGUUUGAUACUGCCAACAUCAUUGUUACACUGAGGUUCGUUGACCCACUCUGGAAAUUGAAAAGAUUUCUCAAUGUGGGCUCCGAAGCUCUACUUGGAAAGAGCAUCAAAGUCAUUGAUGACUUCACUUACAAUGUCAUAAGGAGAAGAAAAUCUGAGAUUAAAGAAAUUCGAGAAUCUUGCAAAACCAGCAAGAUAAAGCAUGACAUAUUGUCAAGAUUUAUUGAGCUAAGUGAAGAUCCAGAAGGAAAUUUAACUGACAAAAGUCUUAGAGAUAUUGUCCUGAAUUUUGUGAUUGCUGGCCGUGACACAACAGCUACGACUCUCACAUGGGCCAUAUACAUGAUAAUGACCAAUGCUCGUGUAGCUGAAAAGCUUUACUCAGAACUUAAAGCUUUCGAAGAAGUACAAGCAAAGGAGAAGAGGAUUUCAUUACUACCAUGUGACUUGGAAGACCCUGAAUCCUUCAAUCGAAGAGCAGUGCAAUUUGCAGGCUUGUUGAAUUAUGAUUCACUGGGGAGAUUGUAUUAUCUGCAUGCAGUGAUCACAGAGACACUACGUUUAUAUCCAGCAGUUCCCCAGGACCCCAAGGGCAUCCUGGAGGAUGAUAUCUUGCCCGAUGGAACCAAAGUAAAAGCAGGAGGCAUGGUUACUUAUGUUCCCUACUCGAUGGGUCGGAUGGAGUAUAAUUGGGGCCCUGAUGCAGCAGUAUUCAGGCCUGAGAGAUGGCUAAAAGAGGGUUGCUUCCAAAAUGCAUCUCCAUUCAAGUUCACUGCAUUUCAGGCAGGACCAAGAAUAUGCCUUGGAAAGGACUCUGCCUAUCUCCAGAUGAAGAUGGCAUUGGCCAUUCUGUGCAGGUUUUUCAAAUUUAAUUUGGUACCAAACCAUCCAGUAAAGUAUAGGAUGAUGACUAUUCUAUCAAUGGAGAAAGGUUUGAAGCUCAAAAUAGCCAGACAAUCUUGUUGAGGUGGCCAAUGGUCUACUUCUGGUCAAAAGUUAAACUAUACCAGAUGUUGUCCAAACGAUAAUAUAUACUUUAGAAUUUUGCAAGCAAUCAAUUCGGAUUCUUAACUAGAGAACUCCUCUAAGCUCUGCUGAUAAUUGCAAUAAGGAAUACCCUUUUUGAUAGAAAAGGCAUUAUAAAUUUAACGGCUGAAUAACUAAUAAAUAGAUAGAUAACAUAUGUUGCAGUAACGAUCGAUUUCAAACAAGCUCCAAAACAGCAUGUAAAUCUGUUUCAACAUGCAAAUCCUUCCAACUCUGGCAAAUCAGGGAUAAAAAAGAGUGGCUAUUAUAGCCAUUUCAUGUGAACAUAUUCAUUGUAGCUACAAGCUGAUGAACUGUCACUUCAUGUGCUUUGAGUCACGAUUUGUAGAAUGAAACAUUAAAUGUAUAUUAUGAGUUUGUUCUCAUUUUCUACUCAAAGAAAUCACCUGCAAGCUAAUGUCAAUGGAUGCAGUAUCUAAUUAAGUAAUUUCUGCUUCUUUUCUUUCCAUUCAUUGAUUUCAGUUUCGAUCUUUGCUUGAACAAUUGCAUGAAACCCAG